GUGACCUUCCAUGUUAUUCACAAUGAUUAGAUCAUUGAAUUGUCUUCAGGUUUAUAAAGGGUGGCAACAGUAAACAUCUGCACUUCUAAAGGGAACAUUCUUGGAGUGUGAGGUGAAUUACGACCUCGGGCUCUUUGUUUUCGGCUGUUUGUUAGGAGGAGAGUCAGUCUGAACGCUGCCGUCCGAGCUCACAUCCACAGUCAUGAGCGAUCAAAACAAAAUUUUAUCACGUCCUAUUUUCCGCCGAGAUGCUAACUGGGAUCCAUUUCCGAACUGGACCCAACCGAGUCGCAUCUUCGUUCAGGAUUUUGGUCUCCCUCCUUUGCUGGAGCCUGGCGAUGUGAAGUGGAUUGACUGGGCGCAGAAGAGACUGGCGUCGUUCUCAUGGCCAGGCUUUGCACAAAGCCCGCUCCUGCCUCCAUUUAGUGGUCAGAACCACAGAGAUGAGAAGCAAGGUGGGCUUUCGGAGGUCAGAUUUGGGCCGGAGACCUGGGAAAUCACACUGGACGUCAACCACUUCUUACCCGAGGAGAUCACAGUGACGACGAAGGAGGGCUACCUGCAUGUAUCCGGGACUCACCAGGAGAGGCAGAAUCAACACGGAGUCGUCUCACGGUGCUUCACGAGGAAAUACAAGCUCCCACCUGGCGUGGACUCACAGCUCAUCAGCUCCUCCUUAUCCAGGGAUGGAAUUCUGUCGGUGGAGGCUCCAGUUGGUGGCACCGAUGGCAGCAAGGACGGCAGCGAAGUUGUCAUACCGAUCCAGAUCAGACAGGAGGAGAACAAAGAAAAGACAGAAGAGUCACCUCAGGACAUUCUAUUGUAGGUGAACAGUGCUUCCUGUGGUGAUUUUCGGAACUGCGACGGCCAUGCGAAGACGUCAUCUUUCAAAUAUUACCAUGGAAAUACAUGAAAAAAUGCUUCAAGGAUUUUAUUUUAUUUUAUUUGUUUAUUAGGUGGUUUUCAGGUGAUUGUUGUGGGUAAUAGACAAACAUUGCCGCGCAUGUUCAGUCAAACGGAUGCAGUUUUUUUUUGUUUCAUCUUUACAUUACGGAAUUUGCGGAAUUUGUAAUUUGCGGUAAUAACAUCAAGCAUUAAACUUUUAAUUUCUCUCAACCUCGUCCCAAUUCAUUGCCACUAGCCAUCUUUUAAAAAUCAAUUUAUUUGAGCU